AUGCCUCCACAGAAAUUCUACGCUGUUGCUCAGGGCCGCCCUCCUGCCCCAGGCAUUUUCUUGUCUUGGGAUGAGACGAAAACUUUAGUCAACGGGUAUAAACGUGCCCUUUUCAAGGGUUUCCCAACUGUUGAACAAGCGACAACCUACUUGGCCGACAACAACAUUCCAGAAGACCAAAGAGUAAUUCGAAGCGUCUCCGUGGAUGAAGGACAAGCAUGA